AUGACACCGUCAAUAGAUCUCUUCCGAGUGCAGGUUCUACCCUACUUUCGUUAUUUCGAGGAAUCGAAAGGAAUCAUCGGGGGAGAUGACGCUUUUACUGAAUAUCCAAAAUGCUUCCGAACAGUUGACAUAGAGUUGAACGAAUGUGUUUUGCUUGAAGACUUGAAGAUUCGCGGAUUUAUUCCGAUAGAUCGGCACACUGAAGAGCCCAGCUACGAUCAUAUUCGCUUAUUUUUGCUAGCAUUAGCUAAAUAUCAUGCAAUCUCAUUAGCGAUAAAAGACCAGCAACCAGAAAAGUUCCAAAGUCUAACAGCUAAUACGAAAGUUUUUAUAAUCGAUAGAGAUAACGAAUCUUUUCAUGCAUAUUUUAAUGAACAAGUCCAAUACGCGUCGAAUUUAUUGUCCGCAGAGGAAGAUGCACAUGUUUUGAAAAAGCUGAAACAAUUUUUUAGUAAAGACGCUCUCGAUAUUUUUGUUGAUUUAAUUGAACAAGGAGCAAUGGAACCGGCUGCGGUCGUUUCAUAUGGAGAUGCAAAUUUGAAUAAUUCCUUGUUCAGAUAUGACAACAGCAAAAAACCAGUCGAAAUUUGUUUGUUAGAUUGGCAAGAAUCAUGGCUGGGAACGCCAAUCGCUGAUGUCGUUUACUAUUUAUUCGUGAGUGUCACAAAAGCUAUCCGUGACGCUCAUUACGAUCAUCUUUUGAAAGAGUAUCAUACACAAUUAUCAACUCAUCUCAGAAGAUUAGGUUCAGAUCCAGAGAAAUUAUUCCCCUAUGAGUUGAUGCAGGAACAUCUUAGAAAGUAUGGAAGACAGGCAAUCCUUUUGGCAUUUAUGGCGUUACCAGCAUUGACGUCGGAACCUGAUUAUUGUUAUUUUGAUGAACCAGCAGACGGUGUUACAACGGAAAGUGAUGAGUCUUCGUCCAUUGGAUACAACAACAACAACAAAUGCGAGAUGUCGUCAAAGACGUUGUGA